AAUGGAGGGAAAGCGUUCGUGCUUGAGCAGUUCCAUACCCUCCGACUUGCUCAGAAGAAUUAGAAAGCUGACGUUAUCGAUCCUCACGAAUCUUUCCAAUGGACAAUCGCCGGUCGUUCAAAUUGAUCGAUUCCGAAACUACUGCACCGAAACUUCUGGAAACUGCUACUGCAAUUGUGGUAUAUCUGUGGGGAAGGAGCUAUUGACGUUGCAGAGAGAAUGUCAUACUCGUAGACUGGAUGUCUUGCUUCGAGUGCUGCUUGUAGUUCAGACACUUCUGCAACAAAACAGGCAUGGUUCGAAAAGGGAUAUUUACUACAUGCAUCCUACAGUUUUCAAAGAGCAGUCUGUUGUUGACCGAGCAAUUAAUGACAUUUGCAUUCUUCUGCAGUGCAGUCGUCACAACUUAAAUGUGGUAUCUGUUGGAAAUGGAAUGGUUAUGGGUUGGCUCAAAUUUUCAGAAGCUGGGAGGAAAUUUGAUUGCAUCAACAAUCCUAACACGGCUUAUCCUGUGCCUGUUCACGUGGAAGAUGUCGAAAUAGAUAUAAUUGGUGUUGCUCGGUAUAUAUUAGUUGUCGAGAAAGAAUCAGUAUUCCAGAGAUUAGCGAAUGAUUCUUUUUGCACAAGAAACCGUUGCAUUGUGGUCACAGGAAGAGGCUAUCCUGAUGUGCCAACGAGAAGAUUUUUGCGCCUCCUUAUUGAAAAGCUGCAUCUGCCCGCCUAUUGUUUGGUAGAUUGUGAUCCUUAUGGCAUUGAUAUCUUGACAACUUACAGAUUUGGUUCUAUGCAAAUGGCCUAUGAUGCAAAAUUUCUAUGCGUUCCAGAGAUAAGGUGGCUUGGUGUUUUUCCAUCCGAAGUUGAGAAGUAUUGCCUUCCUCAACAGUGUCUGCUACCUUUAACUAGAGAAGAUAAGACUAGAGUUGAAGCAAUGUUACUAAGGUGUUACUUGCGACGCGAAGCACCUCAGUGGAGGUUUGAACUGGACUUGCUCCUUUCUCGAGGACUCAAAUGUGAGAUAGAAGCAUUAUCGGUGCAGUCACUUUCAUUCUUGUCUGAGGAGUAUCUUCCAUCCAAGAUCCAAGGAGGAGUCUACAUCUAAAAUAGUUCGUUAUUUGGAACACGAGAGGACCUCCUUUUUGAUUGAUAGAUUGUACACUGGCCCCUUUUAUUUUUUUUUCCCUGAUAGAUUGUACAUUGACCGCUGGUCAGGUUAAUAUUCUUAGGAUCAGUACCUCUAUGCAUGAAUGCUAAGAAGUUUAUAAAUACACUGAUCGGGCCUGUUGUGUGGAA